CUGGCGGUUGCUUCACGCAGCCAGAGUCGGUUGGGGGAAAGCUGGGCUCGUAGAGAGCGAUCGGAGCCGUCGCCAUCAUGAGGGAGAUCGUGCACCUGCAGGCCGGGCAGUGCGGGAACCAGAUCGGAGCCAAGUUCUGGGAGGUGAUCAGCGACGAGCAUGGUAUCGACCCCACCGGCACCUACCAUGGGGACAGCGACCUGCAGCUGGAGCGCAUCAAUGUCUACUACAACGAGGCCACAGGUAGGGCCCGGACCCGCCCCAGCAGGCUCCCCCCGGCCCCCCCCGGGCGCGGUAGUGACGGCUCUCCCUGUAUUGCAGGCGGCAAGUACGUGCCCCGUGCCGUGCUGGUGGACCUGGAGCCCGGCACUAUGGACUCGGUGCGCUCCGGGCCCUUCGGGCAGAUAUUCAGGCCAGACAACUUCGUGUUCGGUCAGAGCGGAGCAGGAAACAACUGGGCAAAGGGCCAUUAUACGGAAGGUGCUGAAUUAGUCGAUUCUGUAUUAGAUGUUGUAAGAAAGGAGGCAGAAAGCUGUGAUUGUCUCCAGGGCUUUCAGCUUACUCAUUCCCUGGGUGGUGGCACAGGUUCUGGCAUGGGUACCCUUCUCAUCAGCAAAAUCCGUGAGGAGUACCCAGACCGAAUUAUGAAUACUUUCAGUGUGGUGCCCUCCCCUAAAGUGUCAGAUACUGUAGUAGAGCCCUACAACGCCACGCUGUCGGUGCACCAGCUGGUGGAGAACACGGACGAGACGUACUGUAUCGAUAACGAGGCGCUGUACGACAUUUGCUUCAGAACACUGAAGUUAACGACCCCCACCUACGGUGAUCUGAACCACCUCGUGUCGGCCACCAUGAGCGGUGUCACCACCUGCCUGCGGUUCCCGGGCCAGCUCAACGCUGACCUGCGGAAGCUGGCAGUGAACAUGGUUCCCUUCCCACGUCUGCACUUUUUCAUGCCUGGUUUUGCCCCGCUCACGAGCCGUGGCAGCCAGCAGUACCGGGCUCUAACGGUGCCAGAGCUCACCCAGCAGAUGUUCGAUGCCAAGAACAUGAUGGCGGCGUGUGACCCUCGUCACGGCCGCUAUCUGACCGUGGCCGCCGUCUUUAGGGGCCGCAUGUCCAUGAAAGAGGUGGAUGAGCAAAUGCUAAACGUUCAGAACAAAAAUAGCAGCUAUUUUGUUGAAUGGAUCCCUAACAAUGUUAAGACAGCAGUCUGUGACAUUCCACCUCGCGGCCUCAAAAUGUCUGCCACCUUCAUUGGCAACAGCACGGCCAUCCAGGAGCUGUUCAAACGCAUUUCUGAGCAGUUCACUGCGAUGUUCCGCAGAAAGGCUUUCCUGCACUGGUACACAGGCGAGGGCAUGGACGAGAUGGAGUUCACAGAGGCUGAGAGCAACAUGAACGACCUGGUCUCUGAGUACCAGCAGUACCAGGAUGCCACAGCUGAGGAGGAGGGGGAGUUCGAGGAGGAAGCUGAGGAGGAGGCAGAGUAAAGCUAUGCAGUUGAACACCUGUAAAUUUUGUUUAAAGUUGUAUGAACUCUCUCAUUCAAAAGUUCUGUUUGUGUUGUGUUAUUAUUGCUGUUUCCAAGUCACUCCCAAUGCUGUACAGGCACCAUUAAAGCAGUUUUCACAGUGCA